AUGGAGGAAGCUGCCGUCAAGGCCCAUUACAAAGUCUGUGACCGCCUGAAACUGGAGAAGAAGCAGCGGAGGAUGUGCCGGCGAGAUCCCGGUGUGGCCGAGACCCUCAUGGAGGCCAUCAGUAUGAGCGCCCUUGAGUGCCAGUACCAGUUCCGCUUUGAGCGGUGGAACUGCACCCUCGAGGGGCGCUAUCGGGCCAGCCUUCUGAAGAGAGGUGAGCAGUCGGAGGAGGGAGGCAGUGGAACGGGAGUGGGGGAGCCUCUGGACCCCUCCAGGUAUCUCUGCCUGGCUCUCAGUGCUCUCACAGCUUGGGGGUUGGUGGUGGGACAAUGAGUGGUCAAAGGGAGAAGAGGGAACAGACUAGGAGGAGGAGGAGGUAACAGAAGCUGCAGAGGCAACAGGGCUUAGUGAGCUGGGAGAGUCUGUGGUAGAGAGCAGUCCGGAAUCAGAGGCUGAAGCUGAAGCAGGAGAGAAGGUGGCCAAGAGGCAGAGAUGAGUCCGACUGGUGAGGAAUCAUGGGUGUCUCCCUCUCCUGCUGCAACAAGCUCCCCUCUCCCCUAAUCUCCCAGGGGAUUAAAGGGUUGAGGAGACAUCACCUGACUCACCAUGUUGAGGAACAUUGGGAGAAGCUACUCUAAACAAAAGCUGGUUCCUGUUGCGUGCAUGGAGAAUACUCUUUUUUCAUGAUUCUGGCUUUGUCUGCCAUUUAGAGGGGGGGCAGAAGCUAGACAGUGCAUAAAUGUCUCACCUUCAGUUAUUAGAAAACCUACAUUAGUCAGCCUUUUCUAGCUUAUGGAAUUUCAUUUUCAGCAAACACUGUCCUAAUGCUUCCGUGCACACUCUGUGAGUCACAAGGAUUAUAAUAAUAAUAAUUUAUUACUUAUACCCUGGGCCUCCCCAACCACUAUGGGCAGCUCCCAACAGAAUAUUUAAAACACGAUCAAACAUUAAAAACUUCCCAAAACAGGGCUGCCUUCAGAUGUCUUCUAAAAGUCAGGUAGUUGUUUAUUUCCUUGACAUCUGAUGGGAGGGCGUUCCACAGGGAGGGUGCCAAGACCAAGAAGGCCCUCUGCCUGGUUCCCUGUAACCUCACUUCUCGCAGGGAGGGAAAUGCCAGAAGGUCCUCAGAACUGGACCUCAGUGUCCGGGAUGAACGAUGGGGGUGGAGAUAUACAGUGAGGAUUUUAAAAGAUGUAAACCCAAACCCGUGUGUGUGUGUUUGUAGCUCUGUAGGCUUAACUGGUGCCAUCCUCCUCUGGGUAACGAUGCCAUUGUCCUUUGCAGGUUUCAAGGAGACAGCCUUCCUUUAUGCCAUCUCUUCGGCAGGACUCACACAUGCCAUGGCCAAGGCCUGCAGUGCCGGGCGGAUGGAGCGAUGCACCUGCGACGAGGCCCCCGACCUAGAGAACCGGGAGGCCUGGCAAUGGGGUGGCUGCGGCGACAACCUCAAGUACAGCAACAAGUUUGUCAAAGAAUUCCUGGGGAAGAAGUCCAACAAGGACCUGCGAGCCAGGGUGGACUUCCACAACAACCUAGUCGGCAUGAAGGUGAGGCUGUGUGAGUGAUGGAGGCGAUAGUUGUUAUUAUUAUUAUUAUUAUUAUUAUUAUUAUUAUUUCUUCUUCUUCAAUGAUUGGAUUUAUAUACAGUGGUACCUCUGGUUACGUACUUAAUUCAUUCCAGAGAUCCGUUCUUAACCUGAAACUGUUCUUAACCUGAAGCACCACUUUAGCUAAUGGGGCCUCCUGCUGCUGCUGUGCCGCCGGAGCACGAUUUCUGUUCUCAUCCUGAAGCAAAGUUCUUAACCCGAGGUACUAUUUCUGGGUUAGCGGAGCCUGUAACCUGAAGUGUAUGUAACCUGAGGUACCACUGUACCGUCCUAUACCUGGAGGUCUCAGGGCAGUUCACAGAAAAGAUCAACAGAAAAACUACAAUAUAUAUAAUUAACAUAAAAACAACAACCCAAUAACAACCUUCUCCCAAGACAGAGCCACCCUUUAAAAGGGCAUAGCAUGUCAAUCAGAUCAACCAAAGGUCUGGUUCUUGCCUGACACCUAAAGGUGUAUAAUGAAGGCACCACGUGAACUUCCCUGGGGAGAGCAUUCCACAGAUGGGGAGCCACUGGAGAGAAGGCCCUGUUCUCGUGUUGCCACCUUCCAGACCUCUCGAGGAGGGGGCACAUGAAGAAGGGCCUCAGAAGAUGAUCACAGGGUCUGGGUAGGUUCCUAUGGAGAGAAGCAGUCCUUGGGUUAGUGUGGUCCUGAUACUGCCAACAUGGAUAGCAUUAAAAGAGGAUUAGACAAAUUCAUGGAGGAGAAGGCUAUCAAUGGAUUCUAGCCAUGAUGGUUUCCAAGGUCAGAAGCAGUAAUGCUACUGAAUUCCAGUUCUUAGGAAUCACAGGUGCUCAAGUCCUGCUUGCAGGUAUCUUAUUGGUCAGUGUGGUUCUCCCCACUCUCUAGACCAGCGGUUCUCAACCUGUGGGUCCCCAGAUGUUGUUGGACUACAACCCCCAUCAUCCCUGAGCCUUGCUAGCUAUGGGUGAUGGGAGUUGUAGUUCAACAACAUCUGGGGACCCACAGGUUGAGAAAGGCUGCUCUAGACAGAGUUGGCAGGUCAGGUUUUGCAUCAAAGGCCAAUUCUCCCCUUGCCUUUGAGGUGAUGCUUUGGAGAGAACUUUGUAGUGUUCCCAAAUGGGACUUCUUGCAGGAAAAGAACAAGUACUAUGGAAAUCUGUUGCAGUUCAAGUGGGGAGAAUGAAAGGGAUUGCACUCCAACAACUCAAGAAUCUGAUCAUUCACCUUAUUUCCACCCCGGCCCUGCUGUCUAACCCUCCAAAAAAAGUGGUGUCCUGUAUCGGAAAGGCCUUGUUGCCACUUCGGCUUUCCCAACAAGUGCAGUUGCACCCCAAACUUAAAGGCUGCUAUAAGCUGGUUGAAGUCACUGAGAUUCUGUUUCAGUGCAAACAAAGAGAGCCUCCAUUGGGUUGGGGGGGAUAAAGGGGAGGGGGAACUGAUCACGGUAAGCUGACACUAAUAAGAUUUGGGUUUGAGCAGUGUGUUAAUCAGACCUGAGAAGAUUCGCAGGAGUGUUGCUAUGGGAACGGCUUUGGGGCGUGGGCAUGGGUGUCUGUGCAGCUUUUCUGAGACAGAGAGCUGUCAGAAAUGUUUUGUGCAUGCACAUUGAGCAGGGCAGAUCUAGAAUCUGCAGGUUCUUGCAGAACAGAAAAGCUGGCCUUUCUGACAAGGAUCUUGAUUGGGUUUCUGUCCUAUUUUCCCCCUUCCUAGCACAGCCUUUCUUGGCUUAGUGUCCUCCUCCAGAUGUUCUGGACCACUGGCUGGGAUGAAUGGGAAUUGUGGGCCAAAGCAUCUUGAGGGGUCCAGAUAGGGAAGGCUGGCCUCAAAGCUCAGGACUUGUGUGGAUGUGGAGCCUGUCCUAUAUGAGGGUAGGCUAGGUGAGAAGAGUGACCAGCUCAAGCUCACUUGGUGGGCUUCAUGGAUUUGAACCCUGGUCUCUCAGGACCAGUUUUGAUGCUAUUACCCGUAUACCAUUCUGGUUCCUCCCCACCUAGCUCCUUAACUGUGAAACUAGGACCCAGGUGACCCUAUACCAGUAACCCCUGUCUCCCCACACUUCUGUGGGAGUAUGGCAGGCGGGGGUGGGGAGCGGUAGUAUGUACAGAACACUUUUCUCUGAGGAUUUUGGCUCUUUGUUGAUAUUAAAAAGGCAAGUUGUAGCUCUUAAGCUUACAGAGUGAUGCUUCCAAGUGGGCUGGACUUCUCUGGGUUAAAUUACCAGAUGGAUGUAUGAAUAGACUUUCCUUGGGUAUCCUGCAUAGCUCCCAGCCUAUGACUAGCCAGAGAGACAGAUAACAAGCGCUCAAUAGAGUUUAUUCUAAGUUUCCCUCCAGCACAAUUCUCCAUUCCAAAUCUGUUUCCUUAGCCCUGCGGCUGCCAUGCGAUAGGCCCAUGGUGGCUUGGUGAACCAUGCCCUGUUGGCCUCUUGCUCUGCUUAGUUAGUGGCCAGGCCCCAUCCCACUUCAAAUGUUUAUCUGUUAACAGAACUUUCCCUGUUCAAAGGAUACUGGGCAUUGUCUCUUGAGAGGACUGAGGAAUUCUCUGGCUCUGUAACUGCACACACAACUACAGUGGUACCUCGGGUUACAUUCGCUUCAGGUUACAGGCUCCGCUAACCCAGAAAUAGUACCUCGGGUUAAGAACUUUGCUUCAGGAUGAGAACAGAAAUUGCAUGGCGGCGGCGUGGCAGCAGUGGGAGGCCCCAUUAGCUAAAGUGGUGCCUCAGGUUAAGAACAGUUUCAGGUGAAGAACGGACCUCUGGAACAAAUUAAGUACGUAACCAGAGGUACCACUGUAUGACUCCCAGGUGAUAAUUAGGGAGUCGAUGUCAAUUUCUCUAAGCUUAAAUUUGGUUCUCCACAUUACCAUGCAAUUUAUUUUUUAAGUCCUGAAAAUUCACCAGCCUUUGGGGGCAAAUUUCUCUUAGAACCACCCGUUCGUAACGUUGCCUAAAACGACCCUUUUGCAAAGCUGUUUCCUGGAAUAGAAUGCCUUUUUUGUAAGUUUUCACUUUUUACCUCCAACAUAUGCAUUUCUAUGGAUGUUACUUGGCUGGAAAGCAACAUUGCAAAAUUCGGAGAAGUGUGCAUUUCCAAGCGUGGCUGUGGAUUUUUUGGUUCUCGUAUAGUUUCGGGGAGUGCAGAUCUGGUAGGUUUGCCGUUAAAGGUGAGCUGCAUCAAAUGGUCUUCCCCAUCUUUGUGACGGUUGAGAAAUACGCUCUAGAAAUAGGUCUGUUGGGCCCUCUGAAAGUGUCUUCUCCAUUGCCCUGGCUUGGUGGUCUCUCAGCGGUCUGGAAUGUUGUGUUUUCCAUUACACACACACACACACUUGCUGCGCUUCUGAUCGUAACGGCUCUCCUGAGGCUCAGUAGACGGGUUUCUCCCUCCCGACCCUUUGAGCUGUUGGCAGGCGGGAUUGCUUGUUGCUUUGGGGACAAGGGGAACCUUUUUCCUGACCCCGCGCCGGAGAAUUUCUGAGUGACGCAAGUCUUCCAAUGCCACGCUUGCCGUCCAGCCCACCCCUUUGCCGCCGCUUUAAAAAUUUGCUUCCCGGUGAGGAUUUCAUUUCUCCCUUUUUCACACCCACCUCAGCAGUGUCUCUUUGCCCCAGAAGAGUGCAAGAAUCGCCCUCUUUGACCCUCUUGCACCCAUUUCAUGCCUCGCUCAAGCGCUUACGAUAUGACCUCAACGCUGGUGACAAGGCCAGCUUGUCUGGCACGGGGGGUUGAGGUAAUUAGCCAGAAGGACUUGGGCAAGCUCCUUCUUUUUCUUUCUGGGUGAGGGGGAAAAAAACCCCAAGCCUAAGAAUUCUGCAGCUUAUAUUAAAAAAAGAAAAUGAAAGCGUCCCCCCUGGCUCCUGCCAGAUCCAUCCCAGUGCAUUCAACUAUUCUUGGGAAUGGGAUAGUGCAGAAAGAAGCAGGAGUGAGAAACCAAAGACCUCUCUCUCUCUCUCUCUCUCUCUCUCUCUCUCUCUCUCUCUCUCUCCCACCCUACAGGCCUCCCAUGUUCCAAGGUUGCUAGAAGAUUUUCAUGUAUAUUAAAAACGAGCUGCUGUAUAAUUCCAGCAAUGCCCCCCCUUCUCUUCUGCAUAUGGUACCUUCCCCCUCCCCUGAAAAAAAUCAACUCCCCUCUAUUGCAAUUCUCCCUUUUGUGUCCCAUUAAUGAAAAGUCAGAGUGUUAGCACACUUGAUUUUGUUCCACCAGGCCAGAGUUAAGUGAUGUUUUAAUUAAAUCUGCCUCUCCACCCCCCCCCCCCGGCCUCUUGCCCAUGUUUCUCAGCAAAGUAUCAUUAAGCAUAACUUUCUGACUACCUCUCCGGAGCGUUGCUAAGUUCCUUAAUCCCCCAAAGGGCUGACCCCUUCUUUCUUUCUUUCUCGUUCCCUUCCACUCCACCUCCCCCCCCCCCCGUGAGGUAUGUCUGUUCAAGCGUGUCUUACAAAUCUGAGGGGCACCAUGAAAGGGGAGGCUGUUACCCUGGGCAGGAUAAUAUCCAUGUUUGCCCUUCCCAGUCUUGCUGGCUUCAUCAGAAGAGGAGGAGGAGGAGAGCCUUCUGGUAUCAGGUCAAGGGCCCAUCUAGUCCAGCUUCCUGUUCUCACAGGGGCUGACCAGAUGCCCCUUAUGGGAAACCCACAAGCAGGAUUCGACCAGAAGAGCCCUCUGCCUUCCUGCGGUUUCCAUCAGCUGGUACUCAAAAGCAUUGCUGCCUCUGACCAUGGAGGAAGAGCCACUGACAGCCCUCUCCUCUAUGAAUUAGUUGAAUUGUCUUUGAAUUUCAUCCAAAGUGUGGCUGCUCCCACAAAAAUACUGACUUCAUACAAAAGAGGAGCAAGUAUUCUAAGAGAAUGGAAAUCAAAUGAAUUAUACCAGUUAAAUGAAUAGUCAAGACAUUGGGGGCGGGAUAACUUUUCAAGCCCUGCUUUUGAGCUUGCCCAGAGACAUCUGGUUGGUGACCAGUGCUGGAUUUACGUAUAAGCUAAACAAGCUUAGGGCCCCACUCUCUUGGGACCCCCCAAAAAAUUUAAAGGAAAAGAAACUGGAUGUACAUUUCCAAAAUACAAGAUAAAAAACAAAUAAAAACCUACAUGCAGCAACAGUGUUUUGUGUUGUGUAGGCUCCUAUGAUGUAAGUCAUGGGCCCCCGCCUGCUAGCCUGCUCCCUAAAAUAUCACUGGUUUGCUCAUUUCUGUAUAUAGGGUACCUACAUUCUGCAUGUGCAAAUGGCUUUAGGGAGUGCUUGACGUGCUCUGGUCCAUGGGGUCACGAAGAGUCGGACACGACUAAACAACAACAACAACCUAUUAGGUCCAUAAAUUACCAUAUAGCAUAUAUUCAACACAAAAAACUGUGGCAAUUUGUUGUUGACAGGGACAGCUGGACAUAUAAAGGGCCCCAUUACCUUCAGUAGCUUAGGGCAUGGGUAGGCAAACUAAGGCCCAGGGGCUGGAUCUGGCCCAAUUGCCUUCUAAAUCCAGCCCGCGGAUGGUCCGGGAAUCAUCGUGUUUUUACAUUAGAAUGUGUGCUUUUAUUUAAAAUGCAUCUCUGGGUUAUUUGUGGGGCACAGGAAUUCGUUCAUUUCCCCCCUCCAAAAUCUAGUCUGGCCCCCCACAAGGUCUGAGGGACGGUGGACUGGCCCCCUGCUGAAAAUGUUUGCUGAUCCCUGGCUUAGGGCCUCAUCCAACCUAAAUCCGGCCCUGUUGGUGACUGUGAGAAUAGGAUGCUAGACGUAAUGGCUCAUUGACGUGAUCUAGCCAAGGCUAUGCUCCUCUUCUCAUGUGUAGAGUUCUGGGAACCUCUUGUCAAUGUUAACAGAGAACACUUGUCUUCGUAGCUUUUAGAAGCGUUCUUUUUAAAAAGGAAAGAGGGCACAGUUCAUUUGCCUGGAAGCUUGAACUCAGUUGCUCCCCACAGCACCAUUUUGCUGCCGGCUCGCUUGCCUUGCCCAUCAUUAACGCUCAGUUCCUUACCUGCAGGUCAUCAAAGCUGGCGUCGAGACCACCUGCAAGUGCCACGGCGUCUCUGGAUCCUGCACUGUCCGGACAUGCUGGCGGCAGCUCUCCCCCUUCCACGAGAUUGGCAAGCAGCUGAAGCAGAGGUACGAGAUGGCCCUCAAAGUGGGCAGCACGACCAACGAGGCCACGGGCGAGGGGGACAUCUCCCCGCCCAAGAAGUCCAUCCCGGGCCACGGCGACCAAAUCCCACGGACUACGGACCUCGUCUACAUUGACGACUCGCCCAGCUUCUGCCUGGUGAGCCGCUAUUCGCCUGGCACAUCGGGCAGGAAGUGUUACAAGGACAAGAACUGUGAGAGCAUCUGCUGCGGCCGGGGGCACAACACCCAGAGCCGCGUGGUGACCAGGCCCUGCCAGUGCCAGGUCCGCUGGUGCUGCUACGUGGAGUGCAAACAGUGUACGCAGAGGGAGGAGGUCUACACGUGCAAGGACUGA